AUGACCAAGACAAAUGUUCCAUUAUGCACAUGGAUUACUAAUAUCAUUCUAAAUAUUUGUUUAGCUGCAAUUGUUUUAUCAAUUCCUUGUUUGGUCAUUAUCACAGGCGGUGUGCCACUUGGAUUUAUUAUUGGUGGAUUUUCUCUGUUUCUAGGUGUAUAUUCAUUUAUACGUGUUGCUCCAUGUUCGGGUGGUCCAGAAUGCGGAAAUGACGAAAGUUUUAGUGAUUUAGUUAAAGAAAACCAAAUGGUAAAUCAUACGCAUACAGAAGCAAUGGCGCAAUCAUGUCCAUGCUACUCUUCGUUCUGUGUAUCAAAACCUUACGAUCCAUUUGAAAUAAAUGAUGAAUAUUGUUGUGGUAUGACGGAAGAUACUGCUCUAAAUACAUGUGAUUGUGUUAGAUUCCUUAGAGAAUCUCGUUCACCUCAUGUCAAUAGAUUCGAACUUCAAAUGAUCAUUGAUGAAAAUGCAAAUCUUCCACCAACUCCCAAAUCUGCCGGAAUUGCAUUUUAUAAGACAAAAGCGAUCUAUAAAGUAGUUCAAAAGGAGGUUGAACCUAUACAAUAUGGUUCAUGGCAAGAAAAUGGAGUUAUUGAAAAAAUUACAAAGAAAAAAGUUAUUUACAGAUGCAAUCCUCAUUAUAUAUAUCAUGAAAACAUGAAAGAAGAGAUACAACGUGCCAAUUCUGCUGCUCUUGAAAAGGUUCAAAAUAUUUUAUCAAAUCAAACUUCAUAUGAUCAAUUCGAGUUCAAUGGAAUGACAAAAAAGAGCUAUUUAUUAUCUUAUGGUGCAAUGUACUUGUACUUUCAAUGUAUGUUCUACAUCUUGUUAUAA